UGUUUCUACGGCCCUGCGGAGGAGACUGCGGUUCAUUCGCUGACAAAAGUGGCUGCUGACGUUCACAGCGUAGCCUUCAAAAGUCGGACAGUGUUGCCAUCGUUUUUAGCUGAAUGGCCGGUAAGGAGGACGAUCUGCAGGACAGCCGGUAUGAAGUCAGUCUGGACCGUCAGCAGUUCUGCUGCUCGGUCUGUCUGGGUCUGCUGAAGGAACCCGUCACCGUCCACUGCGGACACAGUUACUGCCGAGGCUGCAUCGAGAGCUGCUGGGACAGGCAGGGUGAGGGGGGGGAAUACAGCUGCCCCCAGUGCAGGGAGACCUUCCAUCCCAGGCCUGUCCUGAAGAGAAACAACAUGCUGGCUGAGGUUGUGGAGAGGCUGAGGAUGAGUUAUCCCCAACCGCCGCCUCCGUCUCUGACCCUGGCCGCCCCGCCAGACGUCGCCUGCGACUUUUGCAGCCUCGGACGAAACAGAGCCACCAAGUCCUGCUUGACGUGCUUGGCGUCUUACUGCGACGAACAUGCUGAGCCUCACUACACCGUCCCCGUGUUGCAGAAGCAUGAACUGAUCUCAGCUACGGUGCCAGUAGGGGACAAGGUGUGCGCCGAGCAUCGGAAGUUGUUGGAUCUCUGCUGCCAGACGGACGGGCAGCUCAUCUGCACCGAGUGCACGGUGGACAAACAUAAAGGUCACAAGUUUGUGUCUGUUUUGGAGCUAAAGGAGACAACGAAGGAGCGGCUGGAGAAACUUCGAAAGCAAGUGCAAGAGAAAGUCCAGCAAAGAGAAGAAGAGCUGGAGACGAUCAUACAAGCAGAGAAAAAUGUUAAGAGCAGCGCCCAGACCUCCAAGGCAGGCUGCGCCGAGGCGUUCUCCGAGCUGAUCUCGUCCGUGCAGAACAGGCGCAGUAAGCUGGAGCAGCUGAUCGAGGCCCAGGAGAGGAGCGCCCUCGCUCAGGCCGGGCAGCUGAAGCAGCAGCUGGAGAAGGAGCUCGGCGAGCUGAGAGGGAGGGACGCUCAACUGCUGCGGCUUUCAAGCAGCGGUGACGUCGUCCCCCUGACACAGCUUAACUCCAUUUCCGUUGCAUUUCAAGACUUUGCGCCGGGUGUCGGUCCGCCACGUUCUUUCACAGACGUGACUGCCUGUGUGACUGAGCUGAAAGCUAAAGCAGACGUUUUGCUGAAGGAGUCGUGGCGCAAGAUCUCAACUACGGUCUCUUACGUUGACUUCUCCCUUCCGCCUGCACCCAACAGCAGAGAGGAGUUUCUGCGUUAUUGGCGUCCCCUCACCCUGGAUGACACGUCAAACUACCCUAACCUCAUCCUGAUGGACGACAACCGUAUAUUGAGGCCUUCACCCAUCUCCUCUCCUUCUCAUCCAAACAGAUUUAUAAAGUUCCCACAGGUCCUCUGCAAAGAGGCUUUAACAGAGCAGUGUUACUGGGAGGUGGAGUGGCACGCGCGCACCCUCUCUGCGGCCGUAGCUUACCGAAACGCCAACCGAACGUCGGACGAGUCAGAGUUUGGGAGAAACGACAAGUCUUGGGCUCUAGAGUGCUCAGGAGACACCCUGAGGUUUCGACACAAUGACGUCAAUGUGAAAGUAGCAGGCUCUUGCUCCAAAAAGAUCGGCGUGUUCCUGGAUUACCAGGCAGGAAUUCUGAGUUUUUAUCAAGCUUCCGACCAAAUGCUGCAAAUCUUUGAAGUCCGGACCACGUUCACUGAGCCUCUUCAUCCUGGUAUUGGUUUGGACUAUAAGUGGUAUGAUACUGGAGUAUUUGGACAGCUGGCCAAAUUGAAUUAGAACAAGGACAUGAACUAGUAUAGAAAUAGAACCACCUUAAUAACAAUCCUGACAGCGUUUGUGAGUAGCGGUUUGCAGGUGUGGCAAAAAUAAUUCCGUGUAAUUUCUGUCAAGAACUUGGAAAGCCUCCAAAGCUACAGGUGAAACAGGAGGAGUAAUUAAACUCUGUGGUGGAGGGAAAAUACGAGGAAGUACUUUCACUUGGUCUGAUGUGUUCUGAAUUCGCCAACAUUUCCUCCAUUCUUUCAUCCAUUCAUUCUUGCAAAAUCCAUCGGCAUCAAUUUGUCACAAGAGAAGAAUCAGCAUGUAAAAUUUGAUCUUGGGGAAAUAAACAUAUUUUUUCAUCAAGUUUGAAGGUGUUAUGUAAUCAUGAUUAUUGGUAAUGUAUUGAAGUGUUGUUAUCAGAAACUUAAUAACAUUCAUCUGUCUGAGGGGAAAGUGACAGAGUAAGACAAGGUAGAAGCAAACAUUACUUGUUCACAUCAGCCCAGAUAUUUAAGGGUUAUUGCGUCAACCAGAGUUUGGCAGCUAAAAAUUUAAAUUCGGUGAAUAUAAAGUGUUAACAACUAAAGUCGGUUCCCUGGUUCUGUACUGUGGCUGUUAUUGAUAAGGUGCAUUUUCAGCUACUAAGGAGAGAUGAGAGAGAAAGAUAAAUCACUGAAUAGCCCUCUGAAAGAUGUGUCCCUCUCACUAGUGGAGGCCCCAAAGAGUGUAUAUAUGCAGAUAUAU